AUGUGCAUCAUAGAACAUCCACUCGGCGGCGGUUAUGCUCAUUCAACACUAAAAAUGGGUCAAGAUACGGAAGCAACCACGGCCACGGCUGUCACCAGUAUGCCCAUCACCAUUACCACUAGCAACAGCAGCAGCGGCACGACGCUGUGUGGCAACAAGCGCAAAUACGAAGAAAUUUCUACCAGCACAGAAGCAGCUGCCUCGGCCACGACCGACAGCGAAAUGACGAUCGUCGAUGUGGUGCAGCACGAGUGUCCGGAAACGGGUCCGAACCAACCGGAGCAGGAGAACAGCGAUGGUAUUAAGGCGUGCAAAAGUCCUCGGUACGACGAAGACGUGCAGCAGGAGAACGGUACCGUCACACACAGCAAAGAGGAACAACGUGCACCAACGUCCCCGCCAACGAUUGUGGAGAAGGAAGAUGACAGCUGUAACAGCAUUAGUAGUACAACAAUUAGCGCCACUAGUACGACGUCGGUGGAGAGUAGCAUAAGUAAUGUUUGCAGUAGUAGCGGCAGUAUCACGGUCAGUAGUCCCUUCAUAACCGCCACUCCGACGAUCCUGAGUCCAACGGCACCGAUACUCAUGACCGCACCGUUACCGGCGGAACCGGAGGAGAAUGCCAUCGCGAAACUGGAGGCCGUAGCCGUACCGGGCGAAAGUGCGUGGAACUGUGAGCCGAUUGUGGACAGUAUCAGCAAGCUGCAGGCGGUUGCAGUACCGGGCGAGGCGUGGGGCAGUGCGUCCGACAGUACGCGAUCGACCCUGGCCACCACGCUGCUCGUGGCGGACGAUCUCGACGAUGACGAUGACGAUUUCGAGGAUGAUUUCGAUGACGAUGAGACGAUCCUGCCGGGGUAUUCGUCGAUGCGCUACCCUUGUUCGCCGAACCGUGGCACUACGGUGGCAUCGAUUGCUGGCGGAGGGUACGCGAGUCCGGCCUACCCGAAACCGGGUUACUUUCCCGAACCGUACCAAAACUGUGCACGAACCGGUGCGACCAACAAUGGUGCCCAGCAGUACGCGAAUCGGGGGUACGGUUGGGCCCAGCACGGUUACUACUCGCCACCGUAUGAAGCGCCCACUUCGCAGCAAACGAUCCGGUGUGCGGAGAAUGGCAAAAGCUACUUCGAGCUUGGGUCGGCCAACUACAGUAAUGCGGCAGCGGCAGCUGGGAUAGGUGCGGGUGGUUCGCCCGGUCCAAUGAACCCGGCCAUACCGAUGGGAUCGGCCCAGCAGCAGCAGCAGCAGCAGCAACAGCAACAACAGCAGGGUCCAUUCGGUGCGCCGGGAGUUAUGCCCGGUGGAAGGCCCCAUCAUCUGAAGCGAUGCUGUGAUGGGCGCAACAUGUCCUGUAGUAAUAAGCAAUGCUACAAGGAGCGUCGCCUGAAGAUGAUGAACCUGUCGAUGUUUAAGCUCGCCCGGUUUCGGCAAGCUUCGGACCAGUCGCUCUAUCGUUCGGUUUUGAUCUGCAACACGCUUAAAUCGAUCGAGCGGGAGAUUGACAACGAAAACAAAGAGUUCAGUCAGCACCAUCAACAGCAGCAGCAUUUCCAGCAACACCAGCAACACCAUUACCAUCUGCAACAGCAACAACAGCAGCAGCAGCAACAGCAGCAGCAGCAACAGCAUGCGGGAAUGCAUCAUCAACUUUCACCACUACCACCACCACCCCCACCACCUCCACCAACGGGUGCUUCCGGUUCGGAUUACUUCGGCAAUCGCAUUGGUGCGCCGAACCCGGCCAAUCGGCAAACAACCCCGGGUGGUCCGGGAGCUGGUGGAGCAACAGGAUACGGUGAUCCUUCCACGAUAACGAUGCAACUAUCUCCGUACGAUCAGCAACAGCAGCAGCAACAACACUCGCAACAACACAUGCUACAUCCCCUGCAUCAUCAUCACCACCUGCAGCAUCAUCAUCACCAUCCGCAUCCUCAGUCUCAGCAACACACGCAGCAGCAGCAGCAACAAAUGCAGCAACAGCAGCUGCAACAACAACAGCAUCAUCAUCUUCACUUGCAGCAGCAACAGCAGCAGCAUCAGUUGCAUCCGCUGUCACCGCAUCUUAGUAACAACGGUCAUCCACAUCCGCUGAAGGAUCCGCAAUCGGGCCGGGCUACUCCCUUCCCAGCGAGCAACGGAGCGACGGCCAACGCCACAGUCGAACUUCCCGCAAUUAGUAGUAACAACGGUGGCAGCAGUGGUGAUAACGCCUCCACAACCAGUAACGGCAGUAGUGGCAGCAGCAGCGGCAGCAACAACAGUAGUAGUAAUAGCAGCAGCAGCAGCAGUACCAGUAGUGACAUUAGCAGUAAUAAUAGCGAUACAAGCAGCAGUACUUCCGGUACCUACGAGCAGCUAGUUCAUCAUCAUCAUCAACAACAUCAUCUGCACCAGCAACAGCAGGUGCAGCAGGAUCAGCAGCAGAUGCAAGCGUUGCACCACAGUCAGCUUCACCAUCAUCUCGAGACGGAUGCGAACGGGUUCACCGACGACGAUUGUACGCGUCCCAUCAAUUGGGGCUCGGUACUUAGCCUAUCUUCCCAGUCCGCACUGGAUCCGCUUAAUGGUAGUGAUCUGUUCGUGACGUCCCCAACCGGCCCAGUACCUGUGGUGGUGGAUGACGACACGAGCGCACCGUCCUCGGGCGUUGUCGUGGUUGUUGAUGGCUGUGAUGAGAGCGGGUCCUUACCGUCCUCCCCGAAUGUAGUCAGUUCCGUGCCAUCGCAAGUCGUUCCCGGUGAGGAAGGCGUAACCGGUGCGAGUUCGCCGUCCGGGACUGACGCCGGGAGUGAUGUCGUCGGUGGGAGUAAUUCUAAUGGAUCUGGACCGAAUGGAACGAUUGGUGGUGAGGCCGCGCUAACGCUUGUGGAUGGCGCAACUGAGGUCACGGGGAACAGCGGGGGUAGCUCUAGCAACAGCAACACCUCCAAUAGCAGCAGCAGUAGUAGCAGCAACAGUAGCAACAGCUCUAGCACCAUUGGCAACAGUACAAAUGGCACCGCGGGCGGUAGUUCCUCGCCGGGAAAGUGUGAAGUUGACAGUGACGUAGACAUGGAGGUAGCGACCGGCAGUGGACCCGAAGGUGAUGUGGUGGAUGACCCGACCGUACCGGCGGCACCGUCGGCAACGGUCGCCGACGGAAGCGAUGAUCACGAUCGUUCGAUCUCACCCAGCUCCACGACCACGCUAACCUCGCUGACGACGCUUACGAGUAGUAAUAGUAGCGCCAGGGGAGACACCAGCCAUCUGACGACGCUUACCAGCAGUAGUGCGGCCUCUUCACCGCUGCUCUCAUCCUGUGCCUCAGCCCUGCAACACUACAGUAGCUUACAACAUCAUCAUCAUCAUCAUCAACAACACCAUCACCAUCACCAUCAGCAGCAGCAGCAGCAGCAACAGCAGCAACACCAUCCGUUCCAUCAGCACGGUGGUGUACACCACGGUAGCAGCGGAACGGGCAGUUCGAGCUGCUGGGAGUUUGCGUACCUGGACAUGGAUCUCGGCACGACCCACGAGCUGUACGAUAUGUUCCCGAGCUGCUACAAGAUUACCUCGUUCAAUACGGGCGACCACGUGGACGUGCUUGGGCUGAAGGGUCCAAUGCUCGAGGGUCCGAGCAAGGUCGUGUGCGGGGACAACGAGAUGGACUCGUUCACGACCCACAUCAUGGUCGGCAGUUAG